AUGCGUAAUUUCCAGUUUUAGAUUCGCUGUCUGCUGGGCAUUAUAUAUCAGUACAAAGGCUUCAAUAAUGUACAGAGCUUGAACAUACUCAGAUGGGUGAAAUAUUUCUGUUGAUUUCUCCAUUAACCUACCAAACCGUCAUAGCAACGCACAAGACAAUGGAAGAAAGCCUUUAAACCAAAGGACCAUUGUAUUGUACCAAUAACUCGAGACUCGAGGGAAAGUUAGCCAGCUGCAUACUCUCCUGCGAAUGGGGUUGCCACCUUGACGAUGCUUCCAUCAAGAGAUAUUUUUGGUGGUGCCAGACCCAAGGUAAGACCCAAUGUCCAAGGCUCAAAUCCUCAACGAGGAUCAGUGAGAGCAAAGAGUGGUGACCAAAGAAACUCUUACUCUGACUACGAUGGUUACCAGUCUGGUUUCCAGUCUUCUCGAUAUGCAAGCACAGGGCAGCUGCCGUUCACUGUUGGUUCCGCUUAUAACUUGCCCACUUCAAAAGAAGAUGCUCCAACGAAGAGGGUUCGAGGCCAUCCAAAUAGAGGUGGUGGAAGCGACAGAGGCAGAGGACGUCCAAGUAACCGGAACCAGGAUGCCGAAAACCAAGGCCCUGGGAACAGUGCAGGAUACUACGACUCUAAUAGGGGUAGAGGUCGAGGAAGGAGCUUUGAUUUUACAGCCGACAUCAGGUCUGAUAGAAGAGAUGAUGGAAAUACUCAGGGUCGUGGAAUAAACCAGGACACGAGCCGUGGGCGACGAGGAAAUAGGAGCAGAACCGCAUCAGAGUCAAGAGGAAAUAAACAGAGUGGUGAGCAGUGUAGUGAAAACAAUCACCGAGGAAGGGGCAGAGGGUCUGGACAAAGUCUUGGUUCAGGGAAUCAAGACAGCGAAAGGGGCAACCGAGGGCGUGGCCAGAAUCGUGGACGUGGUUUUGGUCGUGGUGGUAUGGGGAUAGGUCAGAGCUGUGAUAAUUUAACAGGGAAUGCUCGAGAAGAGCAGCUGCAUAGGGGCUAUGGAAGUAUGCAAAACAUGCGUGGGCAACAGGGAGGAGGAAACAGAGGGUCUGGCCAGCGAGGUUCACGAAAUGCGCAGUGGUACCAAGGAGCAGUUACUAGCUGGGACUGUCCAGUCUUAUCAAACAAGGAAUUGGAGAUAAUGGACCAACGCACAGGUGAAGACAAUGCCUUGUUCUUGAUGAAGAACAUGCCAAAGUUAGAAGCGUCCUUGGAUUCUCAAAACUCUAAACCAGAACGUGUGGAGACGCUCCUACGGAUCUUUGCAAAACUCUGCCAGUCCACGACCUUGGCGUUGAACAUCCAGAAAGUCAUGUCUACAAUUGCCUCUUCAGAAUUUUUCCAAGGACAGGUGGUGGAUUACCUCAGCAACCAAAGGGUCAGCCCCCACAAUGGUAUUGUCAGCUUGCUCAUUUUAUUCCGCUACCUACUGAAUAAUUUCCCCACAACAUGCCAUGGUAAGGUCACUUUGAUGUUGCCCCGAUUGAAGCUUUUAUUUGUAAAGAAUGCCCACAUCAAAACUCAACAGAUCUUGGAAGAGUAUGAGAAAGUUGUCGUGCUACAUGAAGCAAUCACAGAGAAGAUCAAUCGGGGGGAUUGUUUGGACGACGACACAGCAGACGAAGAUCCGAACGACUUCAUCAACAAGCCUAUUCUACCGAACGUUGAGGAUGUUGGGCCAGGGAGUGAGCCUCCAGACCUGAAAGAAAACAUUGUUACUGGCAAAUACAAGAACGCUUUUCAAUAUCUAGACACCCAGUUCUGUCUACUGCGAGAGGAUCUGAUCGGGCCACUGCGAGCUGGUAUCAAACAGUACAGAGAAUAUAAAUUUCAAGGGAAAGAAGUUACAAGACUUGAUGACGGUUAUUGCUAUAACAAUGUCAAGUUACUUCAGGUCGAAUCGAAGUCACGUGGUCUUGCGUGUCGAGUGCAGUUUGAUAUCUCGCAUAUGAAGAGAAUCAAAUGGGAGAGCAGCAAACGUCUACUUCAUGGGAAUCUUGUCUGCUUGUCGUCUGAUGAUUUUGAAUCUAUCAUUUGUGCCACGAUCGAAGAGAGAGAGACUAAUGAUCUCAUGCAGGGUCAAGUUGUCUUGCUCCUUGAGUCUGGUCUCAUGACAAUGCUGGGAGACCGAAGGAAAUGGACGAUGAUCGAGGCCACUUCCUACUUGGAAUCUUACCGCCACGUGCUGUUGAGGCUGCAGCAGUUGGGUGAAGAAAUGGACUGUGAUGGUGUUACGCUUCCUUUUGAAAGGUACCUUCUCAAGUGCCAGGCCUCAGUUGAACCUCCACAGUACCUGACUGAACAACCAGAUAUGGACUUUAAGGUGUUGGUUCCAGCAAAAGCAAAGACACGUGAAGAGCGAAUCGAAACAAUUAAUGAUGCUGUCAAAAAAAAGAAUGUUGUACUUCGUGCUCUUUACCAGCGUGAUUUUGAUCCGGAAAAAGAUGCUGAUAUCACAAAAUAUGAACAGUUGUUACACAUUCAGCCAGUGAAAGAAGGGAUCAAAGAAGGAAGUACAAUCAACGCCUUGGACCCAGCAGAGUGGGGGAACCUGCCAGAUCUAGGCCUUGACCAUUCACAGAUAGCUGCUCUGCAAAAUGCCAUUACCCACGAAUUAUCUGUGAUCCAAGGACCGCCCGGGACUGGCAAGACCUACAUUGGUUUGAAGUUCGUGGAGCUUCUGCUGUCGAACCGCAAGCUCUGGUACAAUAGACGCAACACUGGAGAUCAGUUUCAAAGAAUUCUUCAGGGGUACCAUUAUCUAGAUGAUAACUAUGAUGAAGAUGUGAGGGACGAAAGUAGAGGCAAUCAUAUUAUGGUGAUGUGCUACACAAACCACGCACUUGAUCAGUUCCUCGAAGGGAUCCUCGAUUUAAAAGGCAAGGUUGGAACAAACAUGUUGCGCAUUGGCGGAAGGUGUAAGAAUGAACGCCUUGAGCCAUAUACUCUAAGAAGGAGAGGUCAUCCUAAGAGAGAGGAUUAUGAAGCAAGGGAUCGCAUCAGAGAUGAAAUCAAGCGACUGGACGAUAUCCUCAAAAAGGGAAUGAAAGCUUUCAACUACAAGCCAUCUGAUCUUGCGUUGCGGAAGGUCAUCCCAGUGUUGCCAGAAACACACUUUGCAAGCUUGAAAAAUUGUGGCCUUGAUAUGGUGGAAGCAGUGACAGUGUGGCUGGAUGGAGCCAACAUUAAUCAAGUGAACAAUGAACACUAUAAAGAGACACUGAAACAGGUCAAGAGCCUGAAUCCAGGAGCUGCUGAUCAUGAAGGUGUUGAGAGCCUUGUAGCCGGCCUUGUAGCUGAUUUGGAUCUUGAGGAGGAAGCACGGUGGAGGGAAGCGCUUCAACUACUUGAACAUGAUGUCAAGGAACAGCAACUGGAACGAGAGUUAGAUGAGGAGGACUGGCUGAAAAAGAUGAACAAUCAGAAGCAAAAGAAGAAAGUUGUGAAAGACCAGAAUGUGAUGUUACCAAUACACAUAAGAAGACGUCUCAACCAGACUGCCCCUAUGGAGUUUGAUGUUGCUGAUAACAUUGUUGAUGUCUGGAGACUUGCCGGGAAUCAGCGCGUUAGCUUGUACCUACAUUGGUGCUCAAUCCACCUUGAAAAUGAGGACAUCAAGGUUCAGCGCAUUUUGAAAGACCUGAACGAAGAUUACGACCUUCUCGAUGAACUCAAUAAGAAGAUUGACUAUGAAACCAUCAACAACGCUGAGAUAAUUGGCCUCACCACGACUGGUGCAGCAAAGUACCAUGACCUGAUCCAAAGGGUGAAACCAAAGAUUGUGAUCGUAGAAGAAGCGGCAGAAGUCCUCGAGGCUCACAUUGUGACAGCCCUUACAGAGAAAUGCGAACAUCUGGUCCUGAUUGGCGACCACAAGCAGCUUCGUCCAAAUCCCACAAUGUACAAACUAGCGAGGGAAUACAACUUGGAUAUAUCGCUCUUUGAGCGAAUGGUAAGGAACAGACUACCAGUGUCAACCUUGGAGUUCCAACACCGUAUGAGGCCAGAGAUAUCCCAAUUCCUUGUACCACAUAUCUACACUGAAUUGCACGAUCACAAGAAAGUCUUUAGCUAUGACCAUGUGAAGGGGAUCCAAAAUGAUGUGGUUUUCCUAAAUCACAACGUCCCUGAGGAUGGAGUUGAGGACACGAGAAGUCACACGAAUGACCAUGAGGCAGCUCUGGUGGUCGGAUUGUGUGAAUACCUCCUUCAGCAGGGCUAUAAGCAAACGCAGAUCACAGUACUGACCAUGUAUUCAGGGCAGAUGUUCCAGAUACGUAAAAGAAUGCGACACAAACAGGCUCAAUUUUAUGGGAUACGAGUGGUGCCAGUUGACAACUACCAGGGCGAAGAAAAUGACGUGAUUAUCAUGUCCUAUGUGAGAAGCAAUACCUUCGGGAAGAUUGGCUUCCUCAAAGCCUCGAAUAGAAUCUGCGUGUCUAUUUCCAGGGCAAAGAUGGGAUUCUACUGCUUUGGUAACUUCCUCAUGUAUGCUAAGGCUAGAGGAAAUGACGUGUGGCGAGGUAUCGUGGCUGAUGCCUUAAAGAAAGGCAUGUUGAAAGACAACAUUCCGUUCAUCUGCGCCAACCAUGGCAAGGUCACAAAGAUAUCAACUGAAGGAGACUUCAAGAAGGUGCCAUGUGGAGGAUGUUCGGAGCCGUGUAACUUUCGUCUGCCAUGUGGUCAUGUGUGUGACUUGUCUUGCCACCCUUAUGAUCCAGAACAUACAGAGUACCAAUGUAAGAAGCAAUGCGAAAGAAAAUGCAGGAAUGGUCACAGGUCAUGUCCCUACAAGUGCUUUGAGGAAUGUAAGCCCUGCCACACGCUAAUACCUGUUAAGAAGAAGACAUGUGGACAUGAAUAUACAACAGAAUGUUUCAAGGAAGACCAUCCUUGUCCACAACCUUGUGAGAGGCUCCUCCCCUGUGACCAUGUCUGCUCGGAGCUAUGCGGAGCUGAAAAGUGCACAGAGAAGUGCCCAAAACGCUGCAAACGUGUCUGCAGGAAUGACCACAAGAGCUGCAAAUUGCCAUGCUGGAAGGACUGCUUGCCUUGCAAAGUCCAGAUUCCUGUCGUUCGAGAAGACUGUGGACAUUGCUACAAUACAGAAUGUCACAAAGAACACAAUCCUUGUCCAGAACCUUGUACGAGGGAACUUCCUUGUGGCCACACCUGCAGCGAGACAUGUGGACAAGCCUGUGCAGCACUUUGCGCAGUCGUUGUGCCGGUGAAACGUGACUGCGGUCAUGAAUAUGAUACACUUUGUUAUAAGAAGGAUUUCCCAUGUCAGAAGCCAUGCAGAAAGAAACUGAUGUGUGGUCAUCUGUGUCCAGAGAAGUGUUCAGAGACUUGUUCUUCUUCAGCCUUCUGUACUCAGCCUUGCACCAGGCUUUUGUCAUGCAGGCAUGUUUGCAAAAAGGAAUGCUACCAAACCUGCCAGAGUAGUUCAGAGUGUGAUGUCGAAGUCGACAAGGUCCUAACUUGUGGUCACACUACUAAGGUUCAAUGUAAAAACCAACUUGUAGAAAUCUCAUGUCAGGAGCAGAUCGUUGUAACCCUGCCUUGUAAGCAUCGAAAACAAGUACUGUGCCGCAAAUCGACGGAUCCGAUGGCACUUCAGUGCCAAAUCAAAGUUAAGUACCAACUGGAUUGUAAGCAUGACAUCACCUCCAAGUGCUUCGAACGGGAAAAGCCAAAAAACUGUCAACACAUCGUAGACUUGAAGCUUCCAUGCGAACAUAAGGAGGUUAAAGUGAAAUGUCAUGUAGCUAAAGAUGGUUCGUAUAUCUGCAAGGAGAAAGCAAUGAAACAGCUACCUUGCAAGCAUCACUGGGCAGUAGAAUGCAAUGUUGACGUCAAGGAUGUUGCCUGCAAGGCUGAUUGUGAGAAGAAACUGACAUGUGGACACAUCUGCCAGGGGAGUUGCUCUGCAUGUCAGAUAGUUCACCAGGAGUGCAGGAAGAAGUGCGAGAAACGGUUGAUCUGUUCCCAUCCUUGCCGAAGCCAGUGCGGAAAGCCAUGUGGACCUUGCAUGGAAAAAAGCGAAUACCGAUGUUACCACAGAGAGCACAGGAAAGACCCCUGCUCCGGACUUAGUAUUUCCUGUCAGUUGCCUUGUAUGUGGCAGUGCCCACAUCACUUUUGCACAAAAAGAUGUUCCGAAAGAUGUGAUCGUCCACCAUGUGAUGAGCCAUGUCUGAAUCUGCUUCCCUGCAACCAUCUGUGCAUGGGGCUUUGUGGAGAGCCAUGUCCUUUCGCAUGUCCAAAAUGUCGUCCCAGGUUGUUUGGUAAAUUUGGCAAGGAGAAAACGAGGUGUGUUUCUCUCCACCCUUGUGGCCACGUACUACCAAUGACACGUAUGGAUGAGGUGAUGGAGAGAACGGUCCUCGGGGACUUCACAGAUGUGACAGUGAAGUAUUGUCCUCUGCAGUCCUGCACAAAGCCAGUCCUGUUCUGUCCAAGAUAUGGAGGUAUGAUCAGAGAAUAUCUUCAUGUCCUCACCAGAGAGCAUAAGAAGAUGAAGGAGGAGGCACAAAGGGCAGAGAAGCCGUUCGACCCAGACCUAGACCUUCUUUGGGAAUACAUAGGCCGCAUUGAGGAGUUGGCAGAGUCCAAUGCUAAGGUCUUCAAAAAUAUGUCCGACUACAAAACAGUAGUCACUUCGAUGCGACUACGUCUGCUGUCAGCAUCCAAAACUAAGAUGAAAGAGGAGGAAUACAGGAUCAUUCAGACAGUUUCUGAGUGCUCUCUUGUUCAGUUAGAAUACAUGCAGGCUGCGGGGCGAUGUAGCAUUUGUUGCAAGACUAAGGGCGGUCCCAGGGACUGCCGCUGCCUAAGUCCACUUGAACGGUUCUCAUCGCUGGAGAAAAAGACAGACGCAAACAUUGCAAAGAAUCUACAGAAGCUACGAAGAGGGUACAAACCGAUGGAGAGUUUGGCAGCCACCCAACUGUCCACCAUCGAGAUGGAAGAGAGGCCAUCUGUGCCGACUGCUGAAAACAAAUGGUACAGAUGCCAAAAAGGUCACUUUCUCUGCAUUCCAUCUGGGACGAACCAUCUGGAAAAUGUAAAGUGUGUGAAGUGUCUCAAUGGUGAACCGGACGAACUUGAAGAGGAGGAGCGAUUGGCUGCCGAGAACAGAGGCCGGGGAUUCAGAUUCAGGGGAGGUUUUGGACAAGAUCAACGGGCAGAGGACAGAUACCAAAGAGACUUCCACGAGUUCCGCGAAGGAAUCAGACAAGGUCAGCCAGGGCGUGGCGGGGGCCGUGGACGGCGUGGCAGGGGACGUGGUGGGCGUGGUCGCAGAGGUAACAGGCGUUGACGAACUAUUAGUAGUUGCAGAAAAGAUUUGAGACUAUCCUCAACAUAAUCUUAGAGUUAGUUACCCUGUACUUUUUCAUCCUGAGAAAAUCAGGGGUUAAUGUUUGCUUCUCCAGACCUGCACACAGGAGAAGCGAACAUAAACCCUGAUUUCCUCAGGAUGGUACUGGUUAGGAGAUAGACAUGAAAAUUACCCUACAUUGGCUGUAACAAUCGAUGUUGAUUGAUAGAUGGUCGGGUGGAGAACAAUGCAUUAUGCUGCGAUGGUGAUGUCCAGUAGAACCUCUCUUUCAAGGACACCCUCAGGACUGACAAUUGCUAUUCUGGAUAGAGAGGUGUCCUGAUUAGGGAGGUCAAAUUGAAUGGAAACAAUCACUUUUAGACCACAAUUAGUGUCCUUAAAAGAAAGGUUGUCCAUAAUAGAGAGGUGUCCACUAAGGGAGGUUCUGCUGUAAAUCUUUUAGCUGAAGAGUGAAUAUCAUAGUGUCUCAAUCUCAAAUGAAAAAGAUGUUGCGAUUCUGAGUUUAUACAGAGUAUGGGCUGAGGAUUCGAAGCCUCAUGUAACUCCAUUAUUCGUCUGCUAGGGAAUAGGCUUUGUAAUGUAAUCGAUUGCUUCUUCCCAAGGGCUUCUUUAUACCGCAUGCACUUAUGUUAGCAUCAUUAUAUACCAGAGGUUUUAAAUUAUAUGACAGUUGUACUCCGCCCUCGAUAGUUCAAUAUGUUUGCUUAGAGUAACCAGUCUGGUUACUCUAUAAUGUUUGUGAGUAGUGAGAAAAACGUUCUUUAAUACCUUCAGCGCCGAACCACGUAGAUCUCGUGGCCCAAAUCCCCCCCUCUUUGAGCUGGUUAUCGGAGUCUCAUGGAUUUCAUGAAAGAACUACGCCAUCGCCAUCUUCAGGGCAAGGUAGGAACUGAAAAGACCAAACCACUGAAUAACAAAAUAAAGCUGUUCCGACAGCGGGAA